CGGCAGUCAGCUGAAUGAAACUAUCCGGAGACUCUUGACUUGUCACAUUUGUCUGGAUGUGUGUGACCCUGAUCCUGUCUGUGGUUUUGGUAGUCAGAGACCUGUAUUCAGAGACAGAAGGGCAGCCCCAACAGAUGUAGACACUGACAUAGCCUUCAUCAUGGAUAGCUCAGAGUCCACCACCCCUCUGCAGUUCAACGAGAUGAAGAAGUACAUUUCCCACCUCGUAAGUAACCUGGAAAUCAGCUCUGAGCCAAAAGUAUCUCAGCACCAUGCAAGAGUGGCAGUUCUCCAGCAAGCUCCUUAUGAAUAUGAAACCAACUCAAGCUUCCCACCAGUAAAAACUGAGUUUUCACUAACUGAUUAUGGAUCCAAAGAGAAGAUCAUUAAUUACCUUCACAACCAAAUGACCCAGCUCCAUGGCACAAGGGCUAUAGGAAGUGCAAUUGAACACACAAUGGCUCAUAUUUUUGAAAGUGCACCAAACCCUCGGGAUCUAAAAGUCAUAGUUCUGAUGAUGACUGGAAAAGUGAAUAAACAAGAACUUGAGUACCUGCAGAAGGUUGUUAUCAAUGCAAAAUGCAAAGGGUACUUCUUUGUCAUCUUGGGCAUUGGCAGGAAGGUGAAUGCCAAGAAUAUCUAUAGCCUAGCUAGUGAGCCAAAUGAUGUGUUCUUCAAAUUGGUUGAUAAACCAGGAGAGCUUCAUGAAGAGCCCUUACUACGCUUUGGGAGACUGCUGCCGUCUUUUAUCAGAAGUGACUUUGCGUUCUACCUGUCUCCAGAGAUAAGGAAACAGUGUGAAUCGUUCCAGAGUGAUCAGCAAUCCAAGAGCCAGAGCCCCAGGCAUACCGGGCACAAAGAAGUGUACUUGGCACCCAACGUGACCGUAAGCCGGACCCUCAGUACCAGCACCACGGUCAGUGCGAGCAUCAAGCCUGUUGCAAGCACCAACACUCGUACCAGAACCACCACUGCCAGCACCACGGCCCAGACCAGAGCCAUCAACCAGACCACAGCCAGCACCAUGGUCCAGGUGAACACCACUGCACAGAGCACAGCAAGAACUGCUGCCCAAGCCAAAGCCACUGGCCGCACCACAAGCACUACAGCUGCUGCGGCAGGCGGCAGGAGAAGACAAGGCGCAAAGACCCAUGACAUCCAGAUCACAGAUGUCACCGAGAACAGUGCCAGGCUGCGCUGGGCCAGCCCUGAGCCACACAACACCUACGCUUUUGAUAUCACCGUCACCUUAGCGCACGACCACUCUCUUGUGCAGAAGCAAAACCUGACCGGCACUGAGCACAUCAUCCGAGGACUCAGAAGUGGACAGAAAUACCUUGUCGUUAUUACCGGCUACCAGAAAUCACAACCGAAAGUUACCUACACGGGGACAUUCAGCACAAAGACCCUGGCGCAGCCCAAGGUGUCCCUGGCCAACAUGAUGCUCAACACCGAGCCACUGGAAGGGCCUGAGAGUGAUUGGCCAGACCCUUGCUUGCUGGACUUUGACAUGGGCAUGCAGUGCAAGGACUAUCAGAUUGUGUGGUUCUUUGACUACAAAAACAAGAUCUGCAGCCAGGGUUGGUAUGGUGGCUGCGGUGGUAAUGCCAAUAGAUUUGAGGCUGAAGCUGAGUGCGUUAGGAAAUGCUUAAAACCAU